UUUAUUCAGGGUUUAUUUGAUUUUGAGUUUGCAUUGCGAGGAUACUGGGCUGGGAGCCGAGGGCGGCAGCUUUUAUGAUUAUGUGUUACGAUACGAUGCUAUGUUAUGUUUUUGGGAGGGGUGGUUUAAUGUUUACGAUGAUGAUGUUGAUGAUGGUUUGUUUGGUUUGGUUAUGGUUCUUGCUUCUGGAUUUGGAUUUUGUGGAGUCUUCUUCGGGAGGUACUCCGACCUUCUUUCUCAUUCUCCUUUGUCAGACAGAUUUUCCUUGGAGCUUCUGCAGUUGUUGAUGCAGUGCAGAUUGCUGGAGGGAGCUUCCACUUGACCUAACUACUUACCCCUGAUUACUGGUUAACGACCAACUGACUGCAGCAGUUGGU